AGGUCCCGGCGUGCCCUGCGCGGCGGGCGGCUGGGCGGCUAAGAUGGCGGCCGGGACUCUGCGCCUCGGAGACCUGGUGUGGGGGAAGCUGGGACGGUACCCGCCGUGGCCAGGAAAGAUUGUUAAUCCCCCCAAAGACCUCAAGAAACCCCGUGGGAAGAAGUGCUUCUUUGUGAAGUUUUUUGGAACGGAAGAUCAUGCUUGGAUCAAGGUGGAGCAGCUGAAGCCCUAUCAUCCCCACAAGGAGGAGAUGAUCAAGAUCAACAAGGGCAAGCGUUUCCAGCAGGCCGUUGACGCUGUGGAGGAGUUCCUCCGGAAGGCCAAGGGCAAAGACCAGGCGUCGUCUCACAGCUCCGCCGAGGAGAAGAACCGGCACGGCACGAGCGAGGACAGGAGCAGGCCGGCCGCGGGCGAAGAGAAGCGUCGGGCCGGCACGGCCGAGGGCAAGGUGAAGAAGAGCCCGGGUGAGGGGAAGCGGAGGGUCUCGUCGGGCUCCUCGGAGCGGGGGUCCCGGUCCCCCCUGAAGCGGGCCCAGGAGCAGAGCCCCCGAAAGCGAGGCCGGCCUCCGAAGGACGAGAAGGACCUCACAGUCCCUGAGUCCAGCACGGUGAAGGGGCUGGCGGCUGGGAGCGUGGCUGGGUUUAAAUGGCCACCCAGUGUUGUCAGCGAGCCCGGGAAAGGCAGCGACCCCCACUUUCAUCACUUCCUGCUCAGCCAGACCGAGAAGCCAGCGGUCUGCUACCAGGCAAUCACCAAGAAACUCAAAGUAUGCGAAGAGGAGACGGGCUCCACGUCCAUCCAGGCAGCGGACAGCACCGCCGUCAACGGCAGCAUCACCCCCACCGACAAAAAGAUAGGAUUUUUGGGCCUGGGCCUCAUGGGAAGUGGCAUCGUCUCCAACUUGCUAAAGAUGGGCCACACGGUGACCGUCUGGAGUCGGACUGCGGAGAAAGGCCAGUGGAGGAGGAGAGACAGAGAGGAGGCGGUGGGUCUGCACGAGACUGGUGGAGAGUGUGAUUUGUUCAUCCAGGAGGGGGCCCGCCUGGGCCGAACCCCCGCCGAGGUGGUCUCCACCUGUGACAUCACCUUCGCCUGCGUUUCGGACCCGAAGGCGGCCAAGGACCUGGUGUUGGGCCCCAGCGGGGUACUGCAGGGAAUCCGCCCGGGCAAGUGCUACGUGGACAUGUCCACCGUGGACGCCGACACGGUCACGGAGUUGGCUCAGGUGAUCGUGUCCAGGGGGGGCCGCUUCCUGGAAGCUCCCGUGUCCGGGAACCAGCAGCUAUCCAACGACGGCCUGCUGGUCAUCCUCGCCGCCGGGGACCGGGGCCUCUACGAGGACUGUAGUAGCUGCUUCCAAGCCAUGGGCAAGACCUCCUUCUUCCUAGGCGAGGUCGGCAACGCCGCCAAGAUGAUGCUGAUCGUCAACAUGGUCCAGGGGAGCUUCAUGGCCACCAUCGCGGAAGGGCUCACCUUGGCCCAGGUGACGGGCCAGUCCCAGCAGACGCUGCUCGACAUCCUCAACCAGGGCCAGCUCGCCAGCAUCUUCCUGGACCAGAAGUGCCAAAACAUCCUCCAAGGAAACUUCAAGCCUGACUUCUACCUGAAAUACAUCCAGAAGGACCUGCGGCUAGCCAUCGCGCUCGGCGACUCGGUCAACCACCCCACGCCUAUGGCUGCCGCCGCCAAUGAGGUGUACAAGCGGGCCAAGGCACUGGACCAGUCUGACAACGACAUGUCGGCCGUGUACCGGGCCUACAUCCACUGAGCUCGGGCUCCGCCGUCCGGUCCUGACUCUGCCGUCACGAUCGGGACCCUGGGCCCAGACUCGUCCAUCCGUCUCCCCCUCCCCUUUUAUACACACAGACUCUGGCGCAGCCCCCGGCGGUGCGGCCGGCUUAGCGUGCGGGGAAAUUGAGGCGCGGCGAGGAGCCCUCCGGGCUCCCCGCUGGGCUCCCCCUCGGCUGCUGCUUGGCUCUCCCGCUCCUCUCCCUCCUGGGUGUUCCUCCGUGCCGAGGAUUGGGGGUCGGCACCGUCCCGUCCUGGGGAAGGGUCUCAUCGGGGCCGGGGCCGUCCUGGGGGCGGGACUGGGGAAGUCUUCCUUUGCCUCACUGCUCCCCGGACCGGCAGCGGGCGGGGGGGGGGAGAGAGAGGGGCCGUGGGCGCGGGCCGUUGAGGGUGUGGGAGGAGAGGAGGAGGGCGGGGGGCACCGGGGCCUUCUCUGAGUCCUUGGUGGGCAGGCCUCCAUCUUCCCAGCGGGGCCCAAGGAGCGUUUGGAUUGGCAUUCCAGGUGUGAGGGGUGGUGGGGCGCAGCACCUCCUUUCUGUUUACGUUUCACCCCCUCCCCGUGUUUGCUCCGCCCCUGCGGACGGCCCAGCUAUCCCCCCUUCCCCCUCCUCCCCCACUCUCUUCUUCCUCCCCCCUAAGCUGCUGCUGUGGUGGGGAGAUGUUGGCUUGGGUCUUCUCCCGGUCGCUCUUCACUGGCCUCAAAGGUGUCUCCCCUCCCCCUUCCCCCCCCCCACCCCCCCGAACUCCUCCAUGGUCCCCAGGGGUCCCAGGGCUUGGUGAGGAGGAAGCAGCCUUGGAAGGUGCAUCCUGAGUCAGAUCCAGAGUGUCUUCCCCCCCGCACCUCCAACCCCCUCCCCGCUGGCUUCCCCCCCCCCCGUCUCCGAGGAGCCGGCCUUGGGCGUUCCCGUGGUCCCCUCCGGGUGCUGCGGCGCCCGGUCGCCGGGGCUGUGUCCAGCAGGGACCCAUCCACGCCGGCCCGGGGCUCGGGCCGAUCCCGCAGGCUGCGGCCAGGGGAAGGGAGGAGGAGCGGGAUCGGGGCCGCCCCCCUGGCCCGAACUGUCGGUUCCGGGCCACAGGGGCGGGGAGAGGGGCGAGUCUGUCCACCGGCUGCGGGGGUCUGGGAGUCGGGGAGGCGCACCUGGUGCGCCUGUGCUGUCUGACUCUCGCUGACAAUUCUGUAAAGUUCCUUUUUAUGACGAUUUCUGUUUUAGCAAACUCGCUUUUUGUUCAGAGUCCCUCCUUUUUAAAAAGAAAAUGUGACAUUUGUGAAAAGCUUGUAAGAAAAGCAGUCUCUCUCCCUCUUCUCCUCCUCCCCUCCGAACACCUCCCUGACCAACCCUCUAGGUAAUUAAGGUUGUGAAUUUUUAUUUUUGCUUUGUUUUUAAUUAACGUUUGUCCUCCCGAAUAGGAUCGUGUGAGAUGUUUAAUGGCAAAACAAUGAUUUUUUUUUUUUUGUGCAAUUAACAGAGCUACUGCAAGAGAAAUAAACCUUUCUUGGUAACA